ACGAAGGUUUCUGAUAGUUUUUAUUCUGCUUGUCUCACCAAAUGUAAUAAUAUGAACUCGGCAAUAAAGCAGUGCAAAACGGCAAAAGGUAUUCCGGCUAUAUUAUACAAAGGUAUUAAAUUUGGAAAGGACUCACACACUGUAAAAGGUGAUAUUACGUGGAAAUGCUUGAAAAAGAACUGUACUUUUACGAUAAAAACAAGUUCGGAUACUUCUGUGAUUCAUAGUUUAACGGGUCAACAUUCGCAUGAAACAGUGUCAUAUACCAAAAAUGAUGCUGCUCCCAGCUUGGAACAGGAGAAUGAACAUUUAAAGGCGCGAAUCAAAGUUUUGGAAGAACAAUGGAAUGCCGCAAUUAAUCGGUCUAUGGAUCUUGAUAUUCGCCUCAUGGAAUUAUCAUCUUGUGAGUCGCGAAUGAAUGAUAAAACUGAAAAUGUGGAUAAUUUCACACACGUAAAUCCACUUAUAGAUCGAUUGAGCCAGUUUCUUAGAACGGAACUCCUUUCUGAUGCAGACAUUGACUGUUUUUGUAGUUAUUUAAUUGAUUCGUUUCCAGGAAAUUAUGUGGUCCUACCAGCAGUAACAGCAAUGAUUAUCAAUGACGCGGAAGCUGAUUUAUCAUUCUUAAGAAAUAAUGUAAAAGAAAAUAAUUUCACUGCUUUCGUGAUAAAUGACGGUCGGCAGGAAGAAGCAAAUGACGGCUGGUGUGGUUCUCAUUGGAGUGUUGUUGUUUAUGAUUCUUUACACUGUAAAUUUUAUAUUCUGGACUCAAUGAACAAAUGUAAUGAGAGAUUUUCCAUGUCUCUGAUAAGAAGAGUUAGCUCAACCCUAACCUACAAGAAGAUAAUUACCCUUCCAUGUCCUCAACAGACUAAUAACUACGAUUGCGGUGUUUUUGCAAUGUAUUUUUUGGAAGAAGUAUUUAAAUAUAGGAAAAUGUGUAGUUCAACCUGUCUCGAGGAUGGUCUCUCUCUUAAAGUCAGCUAGCAUGAAACCAUUAAAAAACGUAGUCAGAAUCUUUGGCGAUAGUCAUGGUCGUGAUUUAGUAGAUAAUUUGAAUAGAUCUGAACUUGAAAAGACAACUAGUGGUUUUAUCAUGCCAAGUGCCAAAUUCAACCCCAUAGUAAAUAAUAUUAAGAGUGGUACUAGAGAUCUAUCCAAUAAUGAUCAUGUGGUCAUUGUUGGAGGAGCGAAUGAUGUAUACUGUAAUCAAGCUGGUAGUUUUCUAAAAAGUAUGCUUUCUCUACUUCAGGUGCUAAAUU